AUGGCAAAAACGCAGAAGGUUGUUUGUCUGGUGGCUGUGGGAGUGCCCCGGAAUGUCACCGGGGUUUUUCCUGCCUUACCAAAUAAGGAGAGAAGUCCUGCUCUGCAGAAGAAUCACUUGGGCCAUAUAAGGCUGGUUGGUAAAUCCUCAGCUGAGAGCGAUGUGGCCUCCCUGAACAGACGCAUCCAGCUGGUGGAGGAGGAGCUGGAUCGGGCUCAGGAGCGCUUGGCCACCGCCCUGCAGAAGCUGGAGGAGGCAGAGAAGGCUGCAGAUGAGAGUGAAAGAGGAAUGAAGGUCAUUGAAAACAGAGCCCAGAAGGAUGAAGAGAAGAUGGAAAUCCAAGAGAUCCAGCUUAAAGAAGCGAAGCACAUUGCUGAAGAGGCUGACCGCAAGUAUGAAGAGGUGGCUCGUAAGCUGGUGAUCAUCGAGAGCGACCUGGAGCGAGCCGAGGAGCGCGCGGAGCUGUCAGAAAGCCAAGUCCGACAGCUGGAAGAACAGUUAAGAAUAAUGGAUCAGACCUUGAAAGCAUUAAUGGCUGCAGAGGAUAAGUACUCACAGAAAGAAGACAAAUAUGAAGAGGAGAUUAAAGUUCUGACUGACAAACUGAAGGAGGCUGAGACCCGUGCUGAAUUUGCUGAGAGGUCAGUAACCAAGCUGGAGAAGAGCAUUGAUGACCUAGAAG